GGUGAAGGUGCACCGCCACUGCAGGACUGUCGAUGGGUGAGGUGUUUUGCGACGCGGGCGUAAGGCAACAAUGACGCUGGUGGCACCUGCUUCUGGCCAAUGAUUCCUCUUUGCCACUCGGCCCGCCCCGCUGCCGCCAAGGCCCGAGAUAGCGCGCAACGAUCAUCUUCACCUCAACUGAACUGCUCAACACAUGAUAACGAGGUCUAAUGAGCUCAGACAUCUGCAUGUCACCCCUGAGAGAGUGUUGAAACGCGUGUGCGUGAGCUGCAAAGUCGUUGCAUUGUUUGCAUCACUCCCGUCUGCCGCACCGGUCUCCAUGUGCCGUCAUCACUCCGACGAAGACAUCCCACCUCCAAAGCACCUCAAAGAUGUAUCUGACAACCAUGCCCCUUCGAAAACGAGAGACCUUCGCAAGAAUUGGGGCGAGGCAAGUGCAACCUCCCUCAUCCCCAUCCAAGAUCGUGGCCGCGAAUUCCAAUGCAACGUUGCGGCCUUGUCCUUCUACAUCUUGGCGUGGCAAGCCUCUCGACGUCUCGACACAGCCCCCGUCCAACCAGUUGCAUGGGCCUUCCAUGUCCAAUCCCCAUGCGGGCACUCGUUCCCACUCCAUGUCCGUGCGGUGAUACUUCCCCAAAGGGACAUGGCCUAGAAGCUCGAAUGGAAGGCGUUUCGCGCGGCGCCAAGUAGGACAAGAG